GGAUGGGGGGGGUGGAGGAUAGCCAUCCUUGACAGGAGAACACAAGCACAAGAUGCCAAGAUUUGUGUGCAACAGGGGCGGACUGACAACUCAUGGGGCCCCCAGGCAAUAGGGGAUCAUGGGGCCCCUGUGUCCUUGCCCACACUCAAAAAAGCCUAUGAAAAAGGUACCAGGGGCAUCUCAUGGGGACCCCUACUGACCCCGGGCCCGCGGGCAGUGCCCGAGUUUCCAAAUGGUCAGUCCACCCCUGGUGUGCAACAUAACAUCUUGCUUUGCCUCUGUUAAGAACUUUG